AUGAACCUCUCCACCAUCCCUAUCACAGCAUGUGCCCCUUCGGCCAUAGCUCCUCCGACUAUACUCGGAGCCGAAAUACUUUCCCUCUCAGCAUCCCCAGUAACAAACUUCUCCUUUGAUGUAUUUGCCGACUUCAACUACAACCACGGCGAAAUCUCAGUCACCAACGCAUCCUUCUGUAACAUCACAGUCACCUACGCCCACCCCGGCCAAAACGACAUUAUCAACGUCGAAACCUGGCUCCCCCUAAGCAACUGGAACGAGCGUCUGCAAGCAACCGGGGGCGGCGGCUGGCAGGCGGGCCGUUUUGCGCUGUCCCAGUUUUUCAUGGCCGGCGCUAUUGGGGAGGGGUAUGCGGCGACGACUACUGAUGCGGGUCUGGGAGAUUCCCCGACCUCCUGGGCUUUGAAGAGCGAUGGAAAUGUCGAUCUGUAUGCGCUGCAGAAUCUGGGGUCGAGGUCUUUACAUGAUCAGGCUGUCAUUGGGAAGAGCCUCGUCAGAAGCUUCUAA